CUCGCCCAUCCGCGCAAGACCACCAACCACCUGCGCACAGCGACGACUUCUCACGGAACUCAGGACGACGACAGACCACAGACCACCGCUGCUCUGGAGUAAAGCAGUGAAGGACGGAAGGAGGGCGACGAAGGACUGAGAGUUUACCUCCGCCACCAAGCGCCGGCGCCAGGCCGCCACUGCCCGCCGCGGCCCGCCUCCACAGUCCGGUACUCCGAUGGAGAACAUAUAUGACCCAAUUGCCAACAUACCAGUCAUGGAAACAAAUGAAACAGGAUCCAUAGCUGAUAUGGAACAUUACAAGUGCACUGUUGAUGAUUUGUCUGUAAAGAUUGAUCAGCUUGAGCAGAGAUUUGCUGAAGUUGAACAGUUCUACUCAAGUGUGAGUAAAAAGCAGUCAAACACGCCAAGAGGGGGUAACUCAGGUCAGAAGGAUAUUGAAAAAGAGAAGCAGAUAGCUAACUUUAAAAGGCGGCAGCAAGAUGCAUCACGUCCAGAGGCUGCUGCUACCAAGAGGAUGCAAGAGCUUAUUCGUCAAUUUGGCACAAUAUUACGUCAAAUCACUCAGCACAAAUGGGCAGGGCCUUUUAUGCAGCCGGUUGACGUUGUUGGUCUUGGUUUGAACGACUACUAUGAUGUUAUUGAGAAGCCAAUGGAUUUUAGCACAAUUAAAAACAAAAUGGAGGUCAAGGAUGGUACAGGAUAUAAACACGUCAGAGAGAUAUGUGCAGAUGUGCGGCUGAUAUUUAAAAAUGCAAUGAAAUACAAUGAGGAAAGGGAUGAUGUUCAUGUGAUGGCGAAAACCUUACUGGAAAAGUUUGAGGAUAAAUGGCUGCAACUUUUGCCAAAAGUUGAUGAAGAGGAAGAGAAGAGAAAGAAAGAGGAGGAAGAGGCUCAAUUAGAUAUGAAACUUGCUCAAGAGGCUGCUCAUGCUAAGAUGGCCAAGGAUUUAAGUAUAGAGCUUGAUGAUAUUGACAUGCACCUGGAAGAACUUAGAGAGGCGGUGCUUCAGAAAUGCAGAAAGAUAACUGUUGAAGAGAAGAAAAGACUUGGCGAAGCUCUCACUAAACUUUCCUCAGAAGAUCUCAACAAGGCAUUAUUAAUUGUUGCACAGAAUGAUCCCAGCUUCUCCAUAGCUGAUGAGGAAGUAGAGCUUGACAUUAGUACCCAGAGCGAGUCUACCUUAUGGAAAUUGAAGUUUUUUGUGCAAGAUGUGUUGGAGGCUCAAGGAAAGAUAACCGGUGCUACAGAAGCGAACAACAAUAAAAGCAACACUGUUAACCAAGCAAACAACAAGCGCAAAAGAGAGACCAAUGAGGCCCUUGUCAAAACAUCACAAAAAAAGUGUAAGAAGCCUUGAUCUGAAGAAGCAUUUUAGGUAUACAAAGCUCCCCUACAUAGGAAUGAUGAAGAAGAAGCGUUUUGGCCUUGGCAAGUAGACAUAAUAGGAAAUGAGCAUACAGCCUUGACAUCCUCAAGACAGAGCAAGUAAAAUGAUGGCAUGAACAUCUUCUAUAGUAUUUCAAUUGGUUUCAAUUAUGGUUGUAGACUUGUAGAGUUGUAGUAUUGAUCCAUCCAUGUAAAUAUUGUCAUAUUAGUUGACUCAGAUACUUUGCUCUCCGUUUUACUAAUAGCUGUUUGUUUUAUCCCUUUCACAAAGUCAAUCUAAUUCUAUAAUUUUAAAAUUGGGCUUGGGACA